AUGCUCGACAUCGUGAGAUCGAUCGUGAGGCGGAGGAGCCGCUGCGGGGUGUGCAUGUUCGCCCUGGACCCAGGCGCAAAACCGCUCAAGCUCGACUUUGGCGGCAAGCCCGUCACCGUCUUUUACGAAUCCGACUACCACGAGUUCACCCGCGACAACCUCGCCGCGUCGGCCGCGCGCGGGUGCAGCCACUGCAAAUGCAUCGUGCGCGCAUUCGACAUCCAGCAAGUCGACUUUGCCACGGCGCGGUGGUGGCCGCCACGGGACGCCCUCGGGGCCUGGGGCUACCUGGAGCUCGACUCCAAGGUCAAGUUUGAGCUCAGCGUUGCCGGAGAGCGAGGCAAGGACGUCCUGGAGUCGACGCACGCCUGCAUCCGCCGGGGGACGAAGAUUGGGGGGAGCACACGGGAUGAGGCGUGCCUGGACCAGGCGGCGGCUUGGCUGGAAGCAUGUCGCCGGGAUCACGACGACUGCCGUGCCGCUGCCGGGUUUCGUCCGACGAGGCUUCUCUUUCUCGGUGACAGCCCUGGUGUCGUCAGGCUGGUCGAGUCCAUGUCCGUGCCGAGUGAUGCCGUGUACGCGGCGCUCAGCCAUCGCUGGACGGAGGAGACGCUCCGCGUCCGCCUAGAGCACGGCAACCACGCGCAGAGACUGGAGCACGGCAUCCCCAUCGACGCCUUUCCCCAGAUGAUGCGCGACGUCGUCUUCCUGCUCCGCCGGCUGGGUAUCCUCUACGUCUGGAUCGACUGCAUGUGCAUCGUGCAGGACGACGUCGACGACUGGCGACGCGAGGCCGCGACCAUGGCGUCCAUCUACACCAACGCCGAACUCACCGUCGCCGCGACAUGGUGCGCCACCAGCGGCCAGAGCCUCUUUGGCGACCGCAGCGGCAGCGACUUUGCGCAGGUCGACGUCGCAUCCACUGUUGACGGUGACCCCGUGUUCCUGCGCCGCGUGCUGCCGCACUUUACCUGGCAGGACAUUGCCAACAACUGGUUCGCGGGCAGCGACUUUGUCGACGCCGAGCGCGAGUGGCCGCUGCUGUCGCGCGGCUGGGUGUACCAGGAGCAGCUGCUCUCGCGGCGCAUGCUGCACCUCACGCGCUCCGAGCUUAUCUGGGAGUGCAGCGGCGGCCGCAUGGACUGCGAGUGCGGCUGGUACCGCGCGUCGGACGAGAGCCAGCAGGUGCUCAUCCGCAGCCAGGUCAAGCAGCCGGUGGCGGGCAAGUCCUGGGGCACCAUCGUCGGCGAGUACUCCAAGAGGGACUUGACGUUUGGCACCGACAAGCUGCCGGCGCUCGCGGGCGUGGCGCAGGCGUUUGGCGACAGCCACGGCGGCCGCGACCUGGGCAGGUAUGUCUGCGGCAUGUGGGAGCAAGACCUGCAAGAGUGCUUCUUCUGGCGGGCGACGGAGCCAAGGCCGAGGCCGAGCUGCGGCAUGCCGUCGUGGUCCUGGGCGUCGGUGUCUGGCAACAUCGAGUGCUGGUCGCUGGGCUCCGAGAGGGUGCAGUUCGCCGACGUGCUCGUCUCCCACGUCGGCAACGAGUUUAUGGGCGACGUGCACGAGGGCAAGGUCACCCUCACCGGUCCGCUGGCGCCGGCGACCCUGCACUGCGGAGAUGGGACGUGCAAGGUCAAGGUCGGGGACCAGUGGUCCGUCUUCUAUCCCGACUACACGCUCGAGAGCUCCGACGCUUUGACGCUCACGCCUGGGUCGCCGGUUUUUUGCCUUGUCUUUGGCCAAGGCACGUCGUCCUCGAGAGACCCCGAGCAGGGCUUGCUCUGGGAGCGCACCUAUGCGUGCUUUCUGGUGCUGGUGUGCGUGGAUGAGGCGAGUCGUGUCUAUCAACGCAUCGGCCUGUCCGAGGGGGAUUCGGGAAACGACGAAGAGGUGGAGCUCGACGCGAUGCUUGGUGUCGCAGAGACGAAGACGAUCACCCUGAUAUAA